AUGGCUCUCAUUGAAGCUGGACUCCUGGACCAGCUCAGCUCGGACCUCGACUACGAAGUUCACCACGACGACACAGUCCACUACUACGAGAAGGACAUCCCCGAUGAAGACCCCGACUUCCGCGGCAUGAAGAAGCCCCGCGCCGUCAGCGCCGUGACAGAGAAGCUCAGCUCACAGGUCCACAACUACGCCAAAGAUGGCAAGUUUGUGCUCACGCUGGGUGGUGAUCACUCCAUUGCCAUCGGCUCCGUCUCCGGCACAGCAAAGGCGAUCCGGGAGCGCCUGGGUCGGGAGAUGGCUGUUAUCUGGGUUGACGCCCACGCCGAUAUCAACACCCCCGAGAGCAGCGAUAGCGGGAACAUCCACGGUAUGCCUAUGGCGUUCCUGACCCGGCUGGCCCGGGAGGAGCAGAAAGAUAUCUUUGGCUGGAUGAAGGAUGAGCACAUUGUGAACACGCAAAAGCUUGUCUAUAUCGGUCUGCGUGAUGUUGACCGUGGAGAGAAGAAGAUUUUGCGCGACAAUGGUAUCAAAGCAUUCAGCAUGCACGAUAUCGACCGUCAUGGUAUCGGUCGCGUUGUCGAGAUGGCCCUGGCUCACAUCGGUAAUGACACUCCCAUUCACCUGUCAUUCGAUGUUGAUGCGCUUGACCCCCAGUGGGCACCUAGUACUGGUACUCCCGUCCGCGGUGGAUUGACACUACGUGAGGGAGACUUCAUUUGUGAGGCUGUGCACGAGACUGGAAACCUGAUCGCAAUGGACUUGGUUGAGGUGAACCCUAGCCUGGAGUCCAAGGGUGCGUCUGAGACUAUCCGCGCAGGGUGCUCACUGGUGCGUAGCGCAUUGGGUGAUACACUUCUGUAA